AUGGAUGAUGCCGAGGAUAAGAAGUGGCCUGAAGCAGUCAAGAAACAUUUCAUUGAUAUCUUGUUAGAAGAGGACGCUAAAGGGAAUAUGCCCCAAGGCCAGUUCAAGUCUGGAACUUGGACAGCAGUUAGGCACCGCACAUUCUCCCAGUUCAUCGCACGUACAGGAAUGGGAUGGGACCCCAUUUCAAAUACGGUGACGGCCAGUGAGGAAGCUUGGGCUGCUACAUUUGCGGUCAAUCAUAAAUUCAAGGAGUUCAAGAAAAAGGGGAUGAGACACUAUGACUUGUUGGGCACGCUUUUCAAUUCAAACACAGCCACGAGUUUCCUCCAAAUUUCAUAUACCCAACCAGCUCCCAAUAGUGAUGAAGAGAGAGAACUUGAUGCAACCUUCCUAUCUGAGGGGGUACAUGCCAAUGUCAGCACCGAUGGUGUGGAUGACGUGGAGGAGCUGCCCUCACCAAGUGAAGCCCAAAGCCGGAGGCAAGCUGAAAAGCGGCCAGCUGAACCGUCUCAUUCAAGCGGAAAAAGGAAGAAAGGGCACUCCCUUGAAUCCAUGACUGAGGCAACAUGGGGUUUUACUGACAUGAGGAACCGUCGGGGGAAAAAGUCCACCAACACUGGAGACUCUGCUGUGGGGGCUAACCCUGAGUCAAUUACAGCAGUUGUAACUCUUCUAAACCAGCACACCGAUGUGGAUCAUGUCACAUAUUGCAAGGUCGUGCAGGAGCUUCAUAACCCCAAGAGUAGAGCUGCUUUUUUUGCUAUGACGGUUGAUAGAAGAAGGGCCUGGAUUGAGUUUAUUGGGGGUGGAUUACAGUAG